AGAAUUUGGCAUCAUCAGCUCACCAGUGACAGCUUUCACACAUGGGCAGUGCCGAAGUGAGCAGACGUAAAACACACCCUAGCCUGACCAGACUGACCAAAGAGACUCUGCCGUUAGACAGCACGCAGCACGUCUCCGCUUCAGUGCUGCAGGCCGCCUCCGUUUGAACAGUGAGGAGACGGAGCCAAAGCAGCCGGUUCACCACCACCACCACCACCGCCGCGCAGCCAAGGAAACCCAGCAAACACUUCAGCCCCAAUACCCCCAGCCAGGGAGGGGGAGAGAGACUCAGAGGAGAGCCGCUAACAAAAGCAUUCUUGGCUUUCAGCACAAAAAAUAAGCACCAGAAAAGUCAUUUAGAGCACCUCAGAUACAGAUUCGAGGAGAUAAGCGGAACGAAGUGGCGUCUCGCCUCACAGCAUCAGCGGGACUCCUCAACUUUUUAUCCACAACUUUUUUUCUUCUUUUUUUUUCCUCGCUUAAAAUCCUCACUGGGCUGACGUUCACACUCUGAGAGCCAAGAAACGCUGAAACAGAGGCAAAAUGUGGACGAAAACACGAAUGCUGUGGACUAUUUUUGUGCUAGGGUUUCUCCUCCAAUACACAAAUGCAGAAUCCAUUGUCCCUACCAAUUCUUCAGCCCCUUCUACUACUCGGUCUUCCUCUUCUGUUUCAAUGACCACUACUGUUCAGCCUAGCACUUCUGCUCCUCUGAACACUUCUACUCUCACAAGCCCUCCUUCUUCUGCUGCUUCCACGACUCUAAAAAGCAUACCGUCAAGCGCAUCUACUACGACUGCUGUUGAAGCUACAACACCAACCAGCAGAGCACAACCAACUAGUAAAAUCUUGCACUCAGUAUCACAAGGCUCAACUCCCUCUUCUACUCCUCAAGCCACCAUCACCAUUACUGUAAACAGUGGGGCCAGUCCUCAAUCAACUACGAGUGUCAAGGCUACAACCUCAAACAGCACAACUGCACAGGGUUCAACACAAACUAAAGCACCUAACACUCCAUCAUCCUCUACAGGGAACCACCCCACAACACCGAACAUCAGGAUAACAUCAGUCAGCACAAGCUCAGAUCUACCAGGCCCAAUUGCUCAGAAAGAUAGCUUUACUCAGAGCACUACAGCAAAAAUUUCCACGAUUAUACCAUCAAUAUUAAGCACUCUAAACUCCAAACAUACCAGGCCAUCUGUUACAGAUUCACCUAUAGAUAAGUCCAUCCAGAUCACAGCAACAACCAAUCAGAACACAGAGGCUGUAACAAAACAAGUUACCCAUCAGAACUCUAUUCCAACAACAGCAUUAAAUAGGUCUCCAUCAACUGGGACCAUCAAACCAUUCAACAUGGAAAUCACACUGGAAAAAAUUCAGAACGCGACCAAUAACGAUGUCUUUGUUCGAACUUGUCGAAAACUCUUAAAAAAUUACAACGCAGCUAGUGGCUGCACUCUGGAGGUAAACAAAAGAGGAGAUGACGAUUUCGCCAUCACCUCUGCGAGUCUGACAGUUGAUCCAAAUGAAGUAAACAGUAUCUACAGUAAGGAAAAAAUGUCAGAGCAUCAACCCACACCGGUGCCCAGCACACUGAUUGCCAUCUUGUCCUCGUGUGGCGCCCUGCUGCUCUUCCUUGUUUGUUUCGCUCUGUACUGCGUGUGCCACCACAGGUCCUACAGGAAGAACCAGCAACACCUGACUGAGGAGCUCCAGACAGUGGAGAACGGUUACCAUGACAACCCCACUCUGGAGGUGAUGGAGGUGCAGCCAGAGAUGCAGGAGAAGAAGCUGACGCUGAACGGAGAGUUCAACGACAGCUGGAUCGUGCCCAUCGACAACCUGGCCAAAGAGGACAUACCUGAUGAGGAGGACACUCACCUGUAAAGGGGACACUUGCAGAGCUUAAUGGUGGCCAUGAAGAAUAUAUUACAGAACGACCCAAUGGUCAGAUGACUGACUGCUGUAAAGACUAUCCGAGGGCCAAACAGUAAUUGGACACAUUUACUAAACCUGAUUUAAUGCCAAAAGGGCAGAGGCCAUAGUGAGAAAUACAGAUGGAUGAUCAAAGGAUAGCCUGUGGCCUGUCCGCGUGCCAUAACACUGAAAUAGGAGUAGGUUUUUUUGGGGUGGGGGGGUUUGUAUCUUCAAAGAACACAUUUAUGGGAAAGAUUUUAAGGCACACAUAUUGCUACACCUACACAAAAAGGGGGUUCAGUUGAUAUUGUAUUUCACUCGUAAUUCUUCAGAGGAAUGUACACUGCUGCACCUGUAUAUAAUCUUUAACUUUUUGCAGCUCAGUAACUCCCACAAUCAGCUUAUUGAUCAUAAGCAUUAGAGUGAGACCUAUGGAUUAAUCCUGAUUGUCCUGGUAAUUUAGACUGUAGGCCUGAUUCUGUUGCGCUGCUUUAAAGCUGCAAUGUGAAAGCAUCACUAAGUAGAUGACCAAAGCACCUCACAACUGCAGAUAUUAUGGAUUCUGUAAAAUGUUAGAUAACCUCACAAUUUAGUGUAGCUUUUUUUUCCCGACCACAGCUUUCACAGCUUGUGAUUUUCGUUAGCUCUGCAACUGUUUUUAAUUUAACUAUCAAAGAGAUGCUAGACACGACAUAAAGCAUCACAUUAAAGCUGACUGAAUCAAAUAGAAAUCCCACUUGAUCAAAACUGACUGAAGGAGCCUGUUCCAGUUUCUAACUUUGGACGAAAAUGUCAACCUUUUCAGGGUUCUGACACGAGAUGUUUGUAUAUACACUGGUUAUUUUUGACUUUGAAGUUUUAAUGUCUUUAGUUCUCGUCUCAAUAAAAGCACACUAUACAGUUAAUUUCUGGCUUACUGCCCUCACAUUGGCUGACAGCUACUUGGUCACCAAGUUAACUGACAAUUUUAGUUAAAAACGGUUAGUUGCUACGUAUUUUUCCAUGUUCUUUUUCUUAAAUAUUUAAAUUAUGUAUAACUGUCCAGUGCGGUUUAGAUAUCAAAGAGCUACACUUCAGAUGCUCUAGGAAAUGUUCAAAGGUAUUUCAUUAUAACGCACACUCUUAUUGUAGGUGUUUGAAUUCCACUGAUGAGUAUUUUGUAUGUAUUUUAUUAUCUGUAUUAAAACUUGCGUUUGCCAGGGAAGGUAAACAACAGGGGUCUGAUACACUGGAAGCCACUACUGUUGAUUACAUUGUUUCUUUUUCCAAUGAAUCAAAUAUGUCCUUUUAAAAUAAAACUGUUGUUUCACAAAUA